AUGAAACAGCCGAUCUUAAAUAAAGGAUCUAAACCUGAAAAGAAUCCAACUUCUUAUAAUAAUGAUGGAUUUGGAAGAGAUACUUAUAUUUCAUAUAAUAAUGGUGGCAAUUUUGGAACUGAAUUCAGAUUCCUUACUAUUCAAUAAAAUAGAACAGGAAUGAAUAUGAUGCCAACUCCUGCUUCUAGAGCAUCAGAAGUACCUUAAAGAAUAUUCUAUUAAUGUGAUGGAACUGGAAGAGAUACUUAUGUGUUGUAUGAAUGAUUAUCAUAUAUAUUUAGAUUAAAUGUGUAGGAGAAAUACUCUCCUAUGUAAAAUUACAAGAGGAUGCUACGAAGUUCUGAUCAAUUCUUUUCCAGUCCAAAAUAAAGGUAUGAAUUACCACCACUUGCCAGAGAAAGGUUCAAGAAAACUUAAUAAUCUCAGAGGAGUCUCAUAAGUCGAUUAUCAUAACCAAAGCUGAAACAAAGUUGUUGA